GAACAGAAGCGAAACAUAAACAAAUCACAAAACGCGCCCAAAGUGUGUUUGACUAAUUGUAUUUCUUUUAAUUUAGGAAAAAGAAAAAUUGUGUAGAAUGGCUAAGUCUAAUAAAAUGUUCGCUGAUAAAGCAUUUGAGCUUAUAAAGGAAUUGGAGCGUUCUUCACAAACUAUACCACCAUUCGAUGAUGAUGGUGUUCGCCAAGUGCUAGAAGAAAUCAAGGCCAUAUUCGAAGAGAAUUGUGCACAAGCUGCUAACUAUUCAACCUCGGGUGACCGCACCUUAUGGCCAUUACUCAACUUCCGACAUGCUGCUUUACAAAGAAAUAAACGGUGCUUAUUAACAUAUUUGUAUCAACGUUUGUUGCGUAUAAAAGCGCUACGUUGGGAAUUUGGUCCAAUUAUACCAGAGGAUAUUAAAACUUCACUAUGCGAGCCUGAAGUGAACUUCUUCAAUACAUAUUCAAAAUCUUUAGCUUCCUACAUGCGCUCUAUUGGCGAUGGUCAGGGCAUUGAUUUGACAGGUGAUCUGCGACCACCGAAAUCAUUGUAUAUAGAGGUACGCUGCAUUGUGGAUUAUGGUAAAUUUGAAUUGGAGGAUGGUGAGGUGAUAUAUCUAAAAAAGAAUAGCCAACACUAUUUGCCACGCGCUCAAGUGGAAACGUUAGUGCGCCAGGGAAUUUUACAACACAUUACAUAGUAAGACAAAAUACUGCGUGUUUUAGUUCCCGAAAUCGAAUCAAAUGUAAAUCAUCAA